UAUAUAUUUAUGAAUAACUAUUGAAUUGAGAGCAUAUUGUUGGUCAAAUGGAUUUUUACCUUAUAUAGGUUAGUUUAGUGACAAUAGGAUAGAAGAGCAAAUUUCACAAGUUCGUGUGUAUAUCACAGUGUGGUGGUUAUUGUGCAAAAUGGCAGGGAAACAUUAUUUGAGUGAUACAAAGAAUCCAUUUUUUGAGUUAGAAGAUGACGUAGAUGAUGAAACAUUUUUAAAAAGUGCACCAACAAGGGCACCUAGCUCAUCGCAUAAUUAUAUUAAUAAUUUUGACAAUGAACUUGAAUCUAAACGUCAGCAGUUAAUGCAACGUAGAAAAGAAAUAGAAGAGCGUACUAUUCAUUCGUCGGAGCGAUCUAUUUCUCUUUUGAGAGACUCUGAACAGAUUGGUGCAGCUACAGCAGAGGAAUUAAUUAGGCAAAGAGAACAAUUAGAGAGGACAGAAAAGAGGUUGGAUGAUAUUAACAGCGCAUUAAGAUUUAGCCAAAAACACAUUCAAGGUAUAAAGAGUGUUUUUGGAAGUUUAAAAAAUUAUCUCAGUGGAAAAUCCUUGGACACUCCUGUACCAUCUACCAAACUACCAGAAUCUACAAGUUUUGGAUCUACAUCAUCGCCAACUUUAUCUAAUUCCUUAGAUCAAGUUCAAACUAAUAUGGCUAAUAAUCACCCAUCGCUUAAACUUCAAGGUCUUGUAGAUGAUGAUGAAGAUCAAAGAAUAAGUUCCUCGAAAAAUAAUAUAACAAAAGUUUUAGAACAAAAUUUAGAUGAAAUGAGUGGGUCUUUGGCACGAUUGAAAGGUUUAGCAAUAGGACUUUCAGAAGAGAUUGAUUCACAAAAUGAUUUAAUUGACAAUAUAACGGAUAAAGCGGAAAGAACAGAUAUUACAUUACAAAAACAGAAUAAAGAUCUUACACAUUUACUUAGAAAGUAAAGAGCUACGAGGAGGAUAUCUAAAGGAAGAAUAUUUCCUUACUUCUUUUGGAGUAUAUGGAACAUGAUUCAAUAUAGCUGUCCUUGCUGUGUUCAUAUAUAGUAGAUUAAAUGUUUAUAAUAUAAACUUAUAUAAGCUCUUAACACAUAAAGUUUAUA